GAAUGCAGCAACGUGAACUGAAGAUAGGACUUGGGAGCAGACGAAAAUAAAUAUUAUAACACAGAAAAUGGACCCUUUAUCAACGUCUGAAGGUGGAAUUUCUUUAGAGAAAUAUAGAGUGAAGAAUGCUCCAGAUGUGGCAUACUACAUUCCAGAUUUUGUUACAGAACAAGAAGGCAAAUAUCUCUUGAAUCAGGUAUAUGCAGCCCCUAAACCAAAAUGGACCCACCUGUCAAACAGACGUCUCCAAAACUGGGGUGGUCUACCUCAUCCAAAAGGAAUGAUUGCAGAGGGAUUGCCAAAGUGGCUGGAUGUGUAUGCUAAGAAGAUUGCACGAUUAGGUGUGUUUGGAGAUCAUAUACCAAACCAUGUCCUUGUCAAUGAAUACCAACCCGGCCAAGGAAUUAUGCCCCAUGAAGAUGGGCCACUCUUCCACCCAGUUGUAACGACUAUCAGCCUUGGUUCACACACAUUCCUAGACUUCUACAAAAGGAGAGAGGAGAAUGAUGCAGAUUCUCAGCCAUCGUUGGAGGAAGCGACAAGCAACAAGCAGGAUCUCAAUGAGCCAUUCCUUUCCCUCCUGCUGGAGCCAUAUAGCCUCCUGAUCCUGCAGGACUCCAUGUACACCGGUCACCUUCAUGGUAUAGCGGAGAGGACAGCAGAUGUGACCGCCUCCACAGUGGCCAAUCUAAGUGCCACUGGAUACCGAGUAGAGCAGGAGAUUGAAAGGACUUGCAGGGUAUCCCUAACCAUUAGGUACUUCCCUAAAACACUGAAAUUGAAAUUGCAGUUUGGCAAGAGGUGAUAAGAUACCGGUACUCAUCUUCUAAAAAAAGUGGAGCAAAUUGUGUUUCAUCAGAGACUUGUUGACAACAGCAUUGAGGAAAACUGAUCAAAUGGUGCAUCAGGAGCUAGUACCCAUGCAACUAAAUACUAAAAGGUAUCUGGCAUUAUUAGUGCUGUUGAUUUUCUCUGUCAAUAUGUUUAUGGUAUGUUUUCCUGAUAUCCAGACUGUCUUUAACCAUUGGGGUCGACAGAACCUAAGUAUUUUACCAUCUCCAGGAAGAAUCACUGUAAGUUUGACAGCUGCUAGAUAAAGAAUUACUGGUGCAUGAUCACAUGCUUUCAUUGUCCCUAGGUUUUACAACCACCAACUUUGGUCAAAGAACCUCAGAGCGGAAGAUAGCCGCAUGUUUGGGAGAUACAAGGGACUUGUAGUUGCCCCUGAAGUUGGGAUUGCGGUAAUAAAAUUACAUGGAAGUGUUGUGUGCCAGUGAUAGCUUGCAUUGAUAAGUAGACAUGCAUGUUAUGAAGGAUAGUGUGAAGUAAAUAAUUACAUUGUAUUAUAAAGGGGAGAUAAGUGAUGAUAUAAACUCAUUGUACAUGUACCAGUAGAUGUUCUGGUUAUGCAAGCAUGAUGGUAUAGACUUUGUCCCUGUACACAAGGAUGUGGACUAACUUAUUAGUUGUCACAUUUUGAUAAACAAAGAAGUGAAAGAGCACACAUAUAGAUGUGUGUCAUAAGAGUAACAUAUUGUUUUGAAUGGGUUCAUACAAGUUAAUGGAUUAGUAGUUUGUCUUUUAUGAAAAAGAAAGAUGUAGCAUUGCAUGGUAACUUGUAAUUCACAAAAUCCAAAUACCGGUAGUACAAAUUAUGUUACUUUACAUUCCUGAAUCAAGCUUUGAAUUUGUUUUCAUGGUCUUAAAAUGAAAGGUUAAUAUGAGAAAAAUAGCAUAUACAUAAUGUAAAAACUAUUCUGUGCCAAAAUUAUAAAUGGAUGACUAAUUUAUGUAUCAGGGUUAUAUAUUCUGUGAGUCAUGACAUUGCCAUGGACAGAGGAAAUAACACUUUGUUAAAAAAAAGGUAUACCAAUGAGCUGCAUUGCACCAGGCCGGAGGUGAGAGAAAAUAAUCUCACCUCCCUGAUUGCACAUUCUCCUUCAACUUGGCUGGAAGAGGACCAAUUAACACCCUACUUUAGAAAGUAGAGAACCCUAGCCAAAAAUAACAUUAACAGAGGCCUUGGCUAAAUGGGAUUAUGUCAAACAAAGGGAGAAUGAAUGGGUGUGAUAACCAGAGAUUAAUGUGUGAGGCUGCUGGAGCUUUUUGAGGAUUAUGUGUUUAAUAGAAAGAAAAGCUAUCAAUCUGGGUGGAGUAAUACCAUGCAUAUCCUAGCUGGCACAUAGUUUUUUGACUGAGAUUUUGUUGUAAUCCUUUCCUGGGCAGGGUCUCACGAAACAGCCAUAAGUUUAAGUCCACAUACAUCACAUUGUCGUGUGUCUAACAGGCAAUGAUAUUUUCUGUCAAAUUUUGUUUCAUUUUUUUAGGUUAGGGAGAACACAUUAAUAUUAAUGUACUUCAUUCAAAUUGAUUCCUUUAGUCUUUUCUUGUUAAUUCAUUGACUCAUAAAAGGGAACACACCAUUGCAAUGAGUGCAUAUGGAUUUGACUGAGUGGAAUAUGUAAAGAAAUUAUUAUUCAUCAGUGAAAUCAUUAUCUGUUGGAUUUGAUUUUGAAGAGAUAGAAUCAAUCUCCUUCCCUGGUGUGCAUAUGGGAACGUUCGAUAUUGCAACACCAGAAACUUUCACGAUAUGUUAUAAAGGCAUUCCAUAUUUUGCAGCAUGAAACUCCAAAGAAUCUGAAUCACUCACAAAAAAAUUGAAAUUUCGUCUGCUGGAAAUUUUCUGGUUAUGCAAUAUACUAUUCCCUGGUAAAGUCCAUCCAAGCAAUACACUCGUUUAAAAAAAAAAGCCAUUUACAAUGUACUUACAAUGUACUUUUAACAAUUAAAUACUGUAAUAUCUAGAAUGAUUUUGUGUCAAACCAGA